CGUGAGUUUGGUUCCCGGUACCGGAGAAAAACCAAAAAAAAACAAAACAAAAAAAAGAUUUUCUUUCUUAAUUAUGAAAAUCUGGUUUAAAUCAGUAUAUAUUCUUUGUAUAUAUGUGUUUUUCUCAUAGAAAGUGGUGCUUUCAAAGUCUCUCAAAACACAGAGUUUACUGUAUUUUUUACGUUUUUACCACAUUGAAAUUUUUGAGAUUAUAGAAGCAAACUGAUGUUUUCCUGAUGCAGGAUCUAGAUUUUAUUUUCUUUUCCUCCAUUUGUGGCUACUGCCCUUUCUUUUCUUUUUCUUCAUGCAACUGAGUUCCUUGAAACAGAUUAAGUGGUAAUUGUAUUGAAUUCAAUUCCAGUAGAAAGGAGGGUGAAGCCAGGCAAGGUAGAUUUGCCUCUAAUCCCAGAACUCUGGGAGCUGAGGUUGGAGAACUGUGAGUUCAAGCCAGCCUGGGCAAUUUAGUGAAUUUGUCAAACUUUGUCUCCAAAUAAAAAUUAAAGGCCUGGAGAUAUGGCCCAGUGCUGUGGCAGGUGGGGGUGGAUAGCAGAUCAAAUUAGAGCUUUCUUUUGUAUUUUUCUCCAAAUUUGAUUUCUGCCCCCUGUGAUCUAUCAUCUUUCUGUCUCUGAGAAGUGGUUUGGACCCAAUUGAAAAAGCUCAUAUUUAUCCAUAGAAAUGAGUAAUCAGCCUGCUAUCCAGAGAAUAUUCUGGACUGGGAAUACAGGAAGGGCCAAGAUCUGCAAACUUGAAACUGCCAGUAAUUCAGAAUCACUUGACCACACUCCAUAAGUACACGAUUUGAUAUGGAUAGGGAUGCUUUGAGUCUCUUGGUGAUAUUUUGGGUGUUUAUGUUCCUGUGUGUUUAUUUGGAGAAUAUAUUUACACUGAGGGCUCUCUUUUGACCUUAUUUAUUUAAAAUUGUAUUUUAUUUUUAAUGGCAUGUGUAUAUUUUUGUGAUGCUAAAUGCAAUCUCUGUGUAUACUUUUUGUAUAUAUGUGUACAUAUUUGUAAAUAUAUUGGUUGCAGUGAUGCAGUAUGUGUAUAUUAUACCCAUACCCAUUGUGGGCUGAAUUUAUUUAAGUUCUGUGAGGACAUCCUAGUGGCAUUGUUCAUGCUGCUGUAAUUAGGUUGUGGCUAGAUCACAUUCACAAGCCUCUAUUUUGAGGGGCUUGUGUUGGGAUAAAAUGGGCUCAUUUAGACUUGGAAUUAAUAAGACAUUAACAGAAAGCUGGACAUUCUUAGCUUUAAAAUCAUUUGCAAACUUCCAUUUAAACUGAUGAUUAAUGAUAUAAACUUGGAAAACCUAAGUAUGUGAAACUGAGACACUAACAAGUUCUUAAGCUGUUUUAGUCAUUUAUUUUCUUGACCCAUAUUUGAAUAUUAUUAUGGAGUAGUAAAUUAUUUAUAUUAUAUUCAAACUGUCAAGGGGCUAUGAAAAAAUUACUCAAAUCACAUUCAAAGUAGAAAUGUCUUUUAAGUGGGGAAACUAUGUUCCUACUUGUCAUUUCAAUACCUGAUAAUUUUAAUUUUGGAAUAAAAAUUUAUCAAUGUGCUUCAUUUUAUAUGUGUCUCUAUGAGGCAGAAAAGGGGGCAUUAGCUCGUGAAGGCUUAACCUAGGUGGGGUAAGACUUAAUGAGGAAUAGGCUGUUAGUCUGUAUAUUUGCAGCAGCUGUGGUUUAGUGCUGUCUUAACAUUUCCAACUGUACACUUUUUGUAUUGGAAUUGCACAUCAAAGAUGAGUAUGCUCUAGCUGGGGCUGUACCUCAGCAGUAGAACACAUGCCUGGCAUGCUUCAGCCCCUGGGUUUGAUCCCUAGCACCACAAAAAAAUAAAAAUAAAAAAAAUAAAGUAUGCUCACUCGAGAAAAUGUUCCCAGUGAAUAAAAUGCCUCCAGUUGUAUUCCUGAUCUCUAUAAGACCAAUUAUGUUUCGCAAUUUGACACGAUGUAGUUUUUAAUAUUAGGUGCAUGGUAUGCUGUAAAAAUCUGGGCCUUCAAACCUCUACCAAGGGUAAUAGAAUUGGGGAGGAUACAAUUAUAGAAAAUAUGUGCAGUGCCAAUUUGUGAAUUUAUGGGAUAUUGCAGAGUAUCAAUGUUUGGCUACUCUUGUCUGCAGUUGACAUGUAUAUUUGCAUGAACGAUUAUAAGAGAUGUUUAAUAUACACUUAGUACAUUCACUGCAGAAAUUAAGUACAGGUUAUUUUUGCAUGAUAAAGUAUAACUGCAAAGUAACUUUUUACCCCAUUCUUCUGAUUAAAUCUAUCUGAUCCAACAUUAAAUUAUUGUAAAAUAAAGUGAGAAAUUAAGUCAGUAUUACCACCCUCAAAUGGUUACAUUUGCUGCCCCACUGUAUUUUUGGUAACACAGCUAACUAUUCGUAAUACAUUUCAAUUACUGUAUAGUGUUAAAUUUAAAAUUAUAGGCUUUUUCUAAAUAUUAAAAUGCAGUAGUGUAUUAUUUCUGAUAAAUCACUGAAAAUGUCCAUAGGGUAUGAUGUUUUGUUUUAGUAACCAAAUCAUUAUUUGCUGUUGUAGAAUAGCAGAGCAGAUAGUAUGCUAUCUCAAAUUCAUAGAACUGACUCAGGCCUGAUGUGGACAUUAAUUUGAGGAAAGCAGCAAUAAAGUGUGCAUUAGAUAAGAUUGACACUGUGGAUAUGACCUUUGACCCUACGGAUUGUAAAGACAGUAAAUCUGCAGUUGAAUAAUAUAGAAACUGUUGAGAAAACCUAGCCCUGGCCUCCCAUUUGUCAGUACUCUUACACAGUGAGACUGUGCCAGGACUCCCAAUCUUUCCUGGAUACUGGGACCAGUUUACUUUAAAAAAAAUAAAAAGUAAAUCAUUUUUUCUAAGUUAGAAUUUGAAAACAUACUAUAUCCCAGCUUCACUGAAUUUUGAACACAGAAUCUUAUUGAAGCAUACCUUGUAUUUAAGGGAAAUGAUCUGUGAAUGAAAGCAAUCACCUAUUGACAGGAAAGGUAUCAGGAAGGUGUAGAGGGAUAUGCACUUAACUAGGUGAAGAAAUGUAUUAAGUAUAACUAAUUGGCUAGUGCCAUAGAAAUAUUUUCUUUGGAUUUCUGUAAAUAUAAAAUGUUUGCUUAAGCUAAAAUUGGUAUUUUUUACCUAUUACUUAAAUAGGUAUUUUUACCUAUUAAUUAAAUAGGUAUUUUUUACCUAUUACUUUGGUGUAAUAUUGACUUUCGAGAAGAAUUCCAUUUUUACAUGAUAUUGUCACUUAAUCAGUACCAUUUCCUAAUUUUAAAAUAUUUCUGUUAUUUUUUAUGGUUUUUAAAAUUAUUUUUAAUCAGACCACUCUAAGUGUUUUUCUUAGAAAACACAAUUGAACAGUAGAUUCAGAGUUUUCUGAUAGUUUGAAGCACAUUAUAUUACAUAUUCACUUAGUCAAGCCUGAAUAUCAUCAUAGAACAGACUGUACAUUGGGAGUAUUUUCCUAUUUUAGGGGACAAUUCCAGUCUAUAUCCUAAGACAAUCAUAUUAUUUAGGUGUAAUAUUGUUGUAAAGACAUUGGUAAUUUUAGGUUUUACGUUUUUAUUUUUCUCAUAGGCUUGUGGAAUGAAAAUGAUAGGCCACAUUGUCACUUUUUGACAUAAAUAAUUAAGGCUAGCUUUCUUAUAGGUCUGCAGUAAAAGGUAUUUAAAUUUUUAUGUAUAUCACUAGUAUUUUCUCACUUGAAACUGUUGUGAAUGUCCACUUGUCUCUGAUCAAAUUUGAGAUUUGUAAACAUUACAAUUUGAACCAUAAAUUUCCUCAGACAUCAAAGCAGUAUGAGUAACUAUUGUAAAAUAUGAAAUGAUAUAUGAUAAUCCCCAAGUAAAUAUUUCCAAACUAUGGAGAAAUAACCACUGUAUUUUUUCAAAAUCCUAUUCCUACCCUCUUUUGCAUGCUAUUUUUUUUCUAAAUUAAAAAUAUGCAGGAAAAAUUGCUUAAAUUAGCACUGUAAGAAUUUUUAGUAAUAUUUCCUGAAGAAUGGGUUGUCUUUAACUCUCAUUUAUUAUAGCAUUAUUAAAAUGACCUCUUAAUAGUUCAGUAAAAUAAUUUAGAACUUGAGUUUUAUGUCUUUUUAUAGUUACCUGAAUGCAUUCCUUUUGCCAAAUAGACCAUAUCAUUAGUUUUCCAACCAUUUUUUGUUUUUAAUAAACCUUGCUGUUCAAUUAUCAGAGAGUCCUAUGUUUUGCAGGAUUCUUCUAGUUGAGGUAGAAAGGUCUUAGAUAAUAGCAAAGGGAAAUACAAUGUCCUAACAUUUCCACAGUAGAGGUUACACAUGAAAUUUGUCCAAAUAGGUUAUCUCAUUUGUGUAGGUCCAGUAUAAAUAGUGCUUGCAUUAAUCAAAUCAGAUAAAGCAGUUACAAAUCAUUUUUUACUUUGCUCCAAAGAUUUUUGUAAUUUCAGGCCACUUUAGCAUUUUCUCUGAAAUGUUUCCAUUGUAAGGUUGACUAUCCUUUUUCUUUAUUCAAAGCAUCACAAAAAGUCAAAUAGGAGUUAAAAUAAGUUGAUUUUUUUUCCCCUUGAAAAUAAUGGUGAACCUAUUGUCUGUAUUGUGAUUAUUGGGCAAAAAUGCACUUGUUUAAAUCAUAGCAGAAAUUACACUUGUUUAAAUCAUAGCAGAAAUUACAUAUGAUUACUUUUUAGUGGUGUGAAAUAUUUUUUAAAAAUUGUGCUUGUAACUGAAAUGUUAUAGAACUGUAACAUGAUAGGGACUGUAGAGUUAUAUUAGCUCUCUUCAAGAGAUUGAAGCACAAUUAUUUUCAUGUAACAAUCCUUAUCCAAGUGCUGCUAAUCUGUCAUGCAAAUAAUGAAGCUACUUGGUUGCCUAUCUAGCUAUUCACUGAUCACUAAUCUUGGAGACAUAGUCUCGUUCAUUUGUAUUAGUUUGGGUAUUGUGGGUUAAUACUUUAGAACAAGAUUCAUCAACUCAGCUCUGUUAGUAAAUCACUUGGUUUUAUUAGAUUUUAUAUGUGUUAUCAGUAGAAUAAAUUUUGAAGGGGCUACUUAUUACCAAUGACUGUGGGGAAAUUAUAUUGUUAGUAUCACUUGAACAUUUGUGAUGUUGUAAAGUCUUGUCUGUUGGUGUUUCUCAGUUGCUUAAGCCAUACAUUGUCUUAAACAGGAUUUUUUUGUUUCGUUCCUCUCCAGCAGUCUUUCUGCUUUGUUAUGGUUAAUACUUAAUAGAUUUUAGAAAUUGAAAGGUUCUUGAGACAUUUUAUUUUCUGGAGUUCAUCACAUCUGGCUCUUAUUUGAUAUGUAAUUUGUUGUAAAAGAUAGCAAGCCGCUUUCACUACUUCACUAAAUGAAUUUCAAAGUAAACACUGUGAUUCUGCAGAGCAGAUGCGGUAGGUAGGCUUUCCAGUUGUGUUUUCUUUUUUCCUAUUACACAGUGCCUAUCACCUUGAGGGCACUUAAAUACUAGAGGAAGAAAAGUUAAAACGUUUCGAUGUUUGUUAACAUAAGAUUACAGAAUCUUUUGUUGUCAGUGUAUUAAAGCAAUUUUUGCAUUGAUAAAUGUUCUCUAGGAAUGUGACUACAUUCAUCAGGUGUGAACUCUUGUAAAUGAAUUUUGUAUCUUGAAUCCACGUAUAUAUUAAGUGUAUCAUCAAUAUAAAAAUAAACAUUAUUUGCUUAAAGUGUCGGGUACUUCAGUAUUGUUGGCAAACUAAGGGCUAUACUGUCACGUUUUGCGUCUUUCAGAUGAUGCCUCAGAUAAAUUGCACAGUUUUACGGGUUGUGGAUUCCAUGCUUAUUUUAGUUUCUGGAUUUCUUGUGCGUCCUGAUUUCGACUUUUCCCUUUCCUCCUCUUAGUGGUAAGAACUGGGAUGCUCCGAGGGAGUGACUGUUGAACAAUCGGAUGGAAUCGGCUGACCCUCUUACUGCUGUUUGGGCAGAAUGCACUGACAUCCAGGCUGUUUUAGAGCUAGUAGAUAAGCCAGACACCAGUAUCUGAUCCCAGUCCCUGAGGAUUACUGCAGUAGUUCAAAAGCUUGUCUUUGGUGCAGAAUAGCCAUACAGCAAAAAUGUUUGCAAAAUUAAAGAAGAAAAUUGCAGAAGAAACUGCUGUGGCUCAGAGGCCAGGAGGUGCUACUAGGAUCCCACGGUCAGUGAGCAAGGAAUCCGUGGCAUCAAUGGGAGCUGACUCAGGAGAUGACUUUGCUUCUGAUGGAAGUAGCUCUAGAGAGGAUCUUUCAUCCCAACUUUUGAGAAGAAAUGAACAGAUACGGAAGUUGGAGGCCAGACUUUCUGACUAUGCUGAACAGGUCCGAAACCUGCAGAAGAUAAAAGAGAAGCUUGAAAUUGCAUUAGAAAAACACCAGGAUUCUUCCAUGCGGAAAUUUCAGGAGCAGAAUGAGACAUUCCAAGCCAACAGAGCCAAAAUGGCGGAAGGAUUGGCUUCAGCAUUAGCCAGAAAGGACCAGGAAUGGUCAGAAAAACUGGAUCAGCUAGAAAAGGAGAAAAGAUUUUUGACAGCUCAGUUACAGGAAAUAGAGAACCAGAGUUUGAAUCUGUUCCAAAGGAGAGAUGAAAUUGAUGAACUAGAAGGGUUCCAGCAACAGGAACUAAGUAAAGUAAAGCACAUGCUUUUAAAAAAAGAAGAAAGUCUGGGGAACAUGCAGCAAGAAUUGGAGGCACGGACCAGAGAACUUAGUCGAACCCAGGAGGAAUUGAUGACUUCUAAUCAGAGGUCAUCAGACUUAAGGCAGAAGCUAGAAGAGUUGCAGAGAUGCUACUCAACGCUGGAAGAGCAAAGAGAUCAUGUGACAGCUGCAAAAGCAGGUGCAGAAAAUAAGAUCACAGCCUUGGAACAAAAGGAACAAGAGCUCCAAGCAUUCAUUCAGCAACUGUCCAUUGAUUUGGAAAAGGUCACUGCUGAAACUCAAGAGAAAGAAAAACUCAUCGCACAUUUGCAAGAGAAGGUUGCAUCCCUGGAGAAGAGACUGGAACAGAACUUAUCGGGAGAAGAAUACGUGCAGGAACUCCUGAAGGAGAAAGCAGCAGCUGAACAGAAUUUGGAGGAUACCAGACAGCGACUGUUGGCAGCCAGAAGCAGCCAGGCCGAGGCCAUCAGCGUCCUGGAGGCUCGGGUGGAAGAGCUGGAGCAGAGCCUCCAGGCCUCUGAGGAGCAGCUCAGGCAGAGCAGCCACCUCGUAGCCACCCAGGAGGCGCAGAUCCAGCAGCUCGUGGCUGCAAACCAGGAGAGUAGCCUCGCGCAGCAGCAGGUCGUCGCCCUGGAGCAGCAGUGUGCGGAACGAACGUGUGCGCUGGAGGCCCAGAUCUUCGCCCUGCAGCAGGCGCGGGCGGCUGACCAGACGGCCGCCAAGUGCGCGAUGGGUGAGCUGGAGCGAGAACAUGCUGCCCUGCAGGAGAGCAGGGACGAGUAUGAACGUUCUUUACAGCAUCAUCAGAUCGAGCUGAAGAAGCUAAAGGAAGAGUGGAGCCAAAGAGAAGUUGUGAGCGUGGCCAUGGCUCAGGCCCUGGAGGAGGUGCGGAAGCAAAGGGAAGAGUUCCAGCAACAGGCUGCUGAGCUAAUGGCUACUAUCGAUGAGAAGGAGCAGAUUUUGCAGGAAAAGGCCGAGGCGCUUCUCCAGAAGGAGCAGGAGAUCCUCCAGUUGAAGAAAGGUCAGGACGCUGCCCUGCUGCAGAUGCACCAGCUCCAGGGUGAGCUGGAGGCCCUAAGGAGCCACAAGGCCCAGGAGGCCACCCCGGCAGAGGUACAGGAGGACCUGCUGAGGCUGCGGGACCCAGAGGCACACGUCACUGCGAAGGCUGCACAGGACCCCGUGUACCAGCUUCCCCUUGCAGAAGAAACACCAAAUGGCGAGGUGGGGUCCAUGGAUCUCCGGCAGCUACGGAAGGAGAAACAGGACUUGGAGCAGCAGCUUACAGAGAAGAAUAAGACCAUAAAGCAGAUGCAGCAGAGGAUGCUGGAGCUCAGGAAGACGCUGCAGAGGGAGCUGAAAAUCAAACCUGACAGUGAGCUUUUUGAAGUCCGGGAGAAGCCAGGCCCUGAGAUGCCAAACAUGGCUCCUUCCGUCACAAAUAACGCUGACCUGACGGAUGCUCGAGAGAUCAACUUUGAGUACCUUAAACAUGUUGUUUUAAAAUUCAUGUCCUGUCGAGAAUCGGAGGCUUUUCAUCUGAUCAAAGCUGUGUCAGUGUUACUGAACUUUUCUCAAGAGGAAGAGAAUAUGCUCAAAGAAACCCUGGAAUAUAAGAUGUCCUGGUUUGGAUCCAAACCAGCUCCCAAGGGCAGCAUCCGACCAUCUAUCUCAAACCCUCGGAUACCAUGGUCUUAGAGGAACCACCCAGGGAUGGGCUCCAUGGCUUGACACCUUUUUCUGUGAAAAGAACACUGACACACCAGUCUGGGUGGGUUUUUAAUCACUGUAACUGCAGUAUUUUGUACACAUGUCUAAACAUUGUUUACAAGACUUAAGGCCCACUUCCCUGCAGCCUGACAUUAACCUCAGGAGGCAGCUGAUCCUAUGUCAUUCUGGUCACCAAGUGGGAGGGCCCCAGCAGUCCUGGCCAGCUCACCUCUGCACAUGACUCCUCUAACUCUGAACAGUAGCACUUAAAGCAUCAGCAUGUCAGGAGGCAGCUGACUCAUCACACAGAGGACACUGGAGGUAGAGACAGCCCUCUGGAGUGAGCCCAGCAGGCCAGCCCCACCCGCUCCUCCGUGAAAAGCCACCUCGAGAGGGUGACUUUCCACAGUCCUCCUCCAUAGUGUGUUUGGGUUUGUAAGAGUGAGAAGAGGCUUUUGUCCUUCCGCUCAAGGACACAUCAUUUCAGAUUCCCAAACCACCUAGAACUUGAGAUAGGUACAUCUUUGAGAUAUUCUGGGCCAGAGUGGAUUAAUGAAGAAUAUGCAACUUUUUGAUGAUAUCUCCAUUUUGCUUCAAACUAGCAAACAUAAAAGAUCCUAAGUAUAGUACCAAAUACACUCAAUUGCCUUUUUAAUGAAUGUACUUGUCUUGGAUAGGUUGCUGGUAAACCAUUUUAAACUAUUUUUUAUAGCUAAAGUUCUUCGCUAUUAUAAACUUCUUUAUUAUAAAAUCCAUUUAAUUGGUAUUCUUAAAGGAAAACCAGAGCAUCAAGAGGAAACUAUUUAUAAAACUGGGGUUCCUGUCCCUUUGUAGUUUUGCCAGCCUUCUGUAGAACCUGCUCUCAGAGGCAGUGGUGGUAUUUCAUCUGCUUUGCUCUUAAUUGUGUCAUUCUACCACUGACCAAAUAUUAACCACACCUUUUUACUAAAGGACAAUCUGCGGGACUCAUUAGAAGCAGCAGCUGUCCCUUCUUGUUCCAGCCUUGACCAAAACGUUAGAGGCAGUCUAUCUUGUACGCAAAGCCACCCCUCUCUCCCACCCUACCCACUCUACUUAAGGUGACACUACAUUCACAGCCGGCAUCCGCACAGCCGCAGCUGGCUGCAGUACUUGGUAGCACACACACACCUCUGGCAGCAGCUGACGCACACUUGUAUUUGUUGUCACAUGUGGAGAAGCCACAUCAAACCUAAAGGGCAACUGUUUGAUGAAAAAGUUUCAUUGGCAAAUAAACUGAAUUAACUGGAGCUCCUAAAUUAUCAUUUUAUCAAAAAUACAUAUAUACACACACAGAUACAAAAAAUCCCACAGAAAAGUACUUGCAGAGUUUACCCACUGAAGUUCCAGAUGGUAUUAAGCCAGGGCAUUGGCACCUUGGCCCAGCUCGGCCUCUGCCAUCCAACAGUCUUUCUCCAGUCACCUGCACGCAGCGCUCCCUGCAGUGUGCGCCUUUCAGAUUGCUACUUCUCAUCUAAGUGAGACCAUGAAACCAGAGUCCCUUCUGUUCUCUGAGGGGUAAGAGGUAGCAUUUUAGCUAGGUAGGAUUUCCUCCCCGCUAUUCAGGAGCAAAUCCUCCCGGAAGCCACAUCUAGUCUGCGGCUUAACACCUGCAGUGGCCGCCCCCGCUCCCCUGUGGCUCCUGCAUCCCUUGCACUGGUCUCCCCACAGCAAUCUGAGGUGUGGCUGGGGCUCUUACGAAGUUGACUGGCUUGGGAAGACUCCCUCUGACUAAGGCUUUCUUCCUGCAUGUUGAAUUUCCUUCACCUUUAAGGGGAAGAGUGGAGUAAAUAUUCCAAGUGAUUUAAUGCACUUUUACUUGUAUAAAACUUUCUGUGAUACAGUAUAUAUACCCCUUUAUAUGAGCAAUGGAUCUUGAUUUCCCAGUGUUGUAAAUAGGGAUUGUAUAAUCUAAAACUGGCUGUAGAGAAUUUUUGAUUAAAACUGUUUAAUCCAGAUGCA